UUUCGCCGAAUAAACAACGACCGGGAAAGUUCUUGUGUGUAUCGUUAACGUUUUCUGUUAAGUAGAUCGUGAAAAUAAAUAGUAAAAAUGUCUGAAGUGGAUUCAGUAAACACUAAUAAUGCUGUAAAUGAAGAAAAUAGUCAAGAAGAAAAAAGUUCCAAAACUAGGAAAUCCAAGUCAAAGUCUCCUAGACUAACGACAAUUGAGAGGGCUCGAGAAGAAAGUGAAGCGAUCACUAAGGGCUUGGGACCUGAGGUUGAAGGGAGACGCAGAACAAGGUCAGCAGCUAAAGGUGUAACAGCCACUCCCCCACCUCCAGCUAAAAAGGAAAGAAAAAGUUCUAGCACAACUAAAACAUCAAGGGGCAGGCCUAAGAGAACUGUAGAAGAAAGUAGUGAUUCACAUGAUGAAAAAUCUGAAACCUCAGUAGCUGAAAGUGAAGAACAAGCAAAAAGUAUUGAUGAAUCCAAAAGCGAAGCUGACACUACAGAAACUAAUUCACAUGAUGAUAAAGAAGAAUCUGGUAAUAACAAUGCUGAUGCUUCAAAGUGUGAAGAUCAGGCAAUGAGUGUUGAUGAAAAGAGUGAAGCUGAUGGUAAUGAGACUAAUUCACAUGAUGACAAAGAGGAAUCUGCCAAUAAUAAUGCUGAUGCUAAGGAUGAACCAGACGCAGAUGCUGAGGAAUCUACUCCUGCGCCAGCUGCCACAGAGAAUGGGGCGAAAGAGGAUAGUGUAGAUGCUCCCGCCUCCGAAGAAGAAAAGAAAGACGAGGAAGAAGAGAGCAAAAGUGCCGAAGAACCCGAAUCGGCAAGCAAGACGGAAGAUGAAAAGCCUGCUGAAUAAAUAUUUUUAUAUUAUUUCCAAAUUUUAUUAUCAGCUCGUUUUUCUAUUUCAUUAAAUCUACUGUAGGUUAACAAAGAAUUCAUUUUUAAAAACUUUUGGAAAAGUGACUCAUCAAAACACAAAAUUUUCCUGAAAUAUUUAAUUUGUGAUUGAAAGUUGUAUUAGUUUUUUUUUCUUGAGGUUAGUUUGUGUAUGAGCUGCGCCAUGCAAGUUUGCGAGAUAAUUACUGUUAAUAAUAAUAUAUUAUAUAGGUUAGGAGUCAUUCUUUUGUAUAUUUCUUAAUUUUUUCAUUUGUUUUGAUGGCAAUUAACGUUUAGAAUAUUCAUCUUUACCUACAGGCUAGUUUGAAAGAAUUAGGAGACAUGCCGAAGUACAUAUUAUAAGCGGCGUAUGUACCAGUAUGUACCUGAAUCUCCUUAACUCAACACUGUCAACUUUUCAUUUGCAUAAAAAACUGUCGAUACUUAUCUGAAAUAGCCUUUAAAAAAGUAUGACUGAAACAUUUGUUGGGUGUUGUGAGUUUUGUAAUACGUUUUAUAAUAACAGUAAAAUUUCUUCCACAUUUUAAUAUCUUGUAGGAUGAUGUAUAGUAAAUGGUACUUAGACAUAGCUUGUAAGAGAUUAGACCUAAUUUCAAUUUUUUGUGUUACUAAUAAAAAAUUUAAGUUUUAUUUGCAAAUGAAAAGUUUCUAUUUUAUACCAUUUAAAAAAUAUUUAGUAAUGUUUAGUAAACCUUAAGAAUAAAAUAGUUUUAUUGCGUUCAUCUGUUUCAAUUGUAAAUUGAAUAUUUGAUUAUUUUGACUAGAUCCAUAUUGCUGGUUUAAUAAACGUUUUCUUUUU